UGUUUCGUGUUGGUCAUCGGUCUUCCGUGUUUCUCCCAAACUUGUUAUUACACGAACAACACAAGUGACAGAACCCUAGAUUCUUCUAUUGCCUUCCUUCAAGUUUUUAUUUCUCUCCCACCCUCGAAAACGAGUCCGAACAACGUUGAAGAGAUUACCAUCUUAUCGAGAUUUAAUCGAUCAAGCAAUCGGCUGCCAUGGCGGGGAGAUUACUUGCAAAUUUGAUUGUGAUGGGUUCUGGGAUCAUUGGUCGUGCCGUCUUUCAAGCCUAUCGUCAAGCACUUGCUAAUGCGUCUAAAUCUGGUGUUGCGCAGGAAGCAAUGCAAAAUGGAGUACGUAAAGCUGGGAAAGCCAUCACUGAGCAAGAGGCUAGGCAGAUUCUUGGUGUAACCGAGAAGACCUCUUGGGAAGAGAUAUUGCAGAAAUAUGACAAACUGUUUGAGAAUAAUGCCAAAGCUGGGAGCUUUUACCUUCAAUCUAAAGUUCAUCGAGCCAAAGAAUGUCUAGAAGUUGUGUACAGAAGCCAAGGCAACGGUACACCUAGUUAAGACCUUAAUCGUUAUUUUUCUUACAGAUUCAAAAUUCUUGCUCUUAAUGUAAAAUCAAGACGGUUUCAUGGUUCUUUGAGAUAAUGUGGAACUUAUAAAACGGCCAUAGUUUUCUUCACCCAUUAAUUAGUAAUAAUAACUAAGACAGGUUUGCUCUGGUCAAUUGAUCAUUGUCAAAGAACCUCUUAAACUAGAAAGGAUUGUUCUGUGUGUAUGCGGUAUCCUUCUCUCCUGAGAGGACUCUUUUAAAGGUCUCCUUCCUGUUUUUGAUUCAGAUUCAAACUGAUUAUCUGCACUCUGUAAUGUAUAAUAUGUAAUAAAAAAAUACAUCAUUAUUUGA